ACCUGAGCUCACCUGUCCCCCAUAGAUGAGUCUGUACAGGUGCACAGAACACACCUGAGCUCACCUGUCCCCCAUAGAUGAGUCUGUACAGGUGCACAGAACACACCUGAGCUCACCUGUCCCCCAUAGAUGAUGGGGACACACAGGCGUAGAUGACACACCUGAGCUCAGGUGAGGCUGCACAGGUGCACAGGACACACCUGAGCUCACCUGUCCCCCGCAGGGCCCACGGCUCCCUCUGCGCCACCUGCGAGCCGCUCUCCCUGCGCCAGGUGUUACCUGGCUGCACCGACCUGCUGCGCCCACCUGGGCCGCCCUGCCUGGCGCUGGCCCGCGCCCUGGACGACCCCGACGCGCAGCCCGAGCUGCUGCUGGCGCUGCUGCGUGAGGCCGUGGAGGCGCAGGAGAGGCGCACCCAGGAGGUGCUGUCGGGGCGGGGCCCGGAGCGACACCUGCAGCGGCUGCGCGAGGCCGCGCUCCAGGCCGGGGAACCCCUGCCCGAAAUCUUCCUGGACCCCGGCUACGCCCAGGCCACGCACUUCCGGCUCUGCACCCUGCAGGUAACCCCCGACCCACCUGGGGGACCCUGAACCUCACCUGGGGAGCCCAAAAACACACCUGGG